AUGUCCCAACAACCAUCCGUAUCAUCACCAAACGACAAGUCCACACGAAAGAAGUUCAUCAUCUUUGACAUGGGUGGAGUAUUGAUCUCCACGGAUUUCAACAAUUGUAUCAAAACUAUUUAUCGUGAAAAUCAAAUCACAUUUCAGAAACACCAACCAACCGCUCCCUCCGUGGAAGAUUUGCUUGAAUUGUUGAAAAAGCAAUUCUCUCAAUAUAAAAUUGGUGCCAUCACAGAAGAUGAAUUUUGGGGAGUGUUCUUUGAACAGUAUUUCAAUCAUCAAGAAUAUUAUUUACAUGGUAAAUUAAUUACUUUGGAUUAUCUCAAAGAACAAUUCCGAAAGGAAUUCAUCAUUCCGUUCUAUAACGGUCUUGCGUUAGCUGAAGAAAUUCGGGAGAAACAAAAGAAGAACCAAACUCAACUCUCCAUCGGAAUUAUGAGUAAUCAUUCUAAAGAAUGGUUUCCAUACUGUGUGGAGAGAUGGAAAUUGGACACACUUUUUGUUGAGCCUCUAUUGAUCGUUAACUCAAGUGAUGAUGAUGUUCAAUGCGGAAAACCAAAGCCAAGAAUUAUGGAACAAUUAAUGAACAGAAUUCGAAAGGCAGGAUAUGAAAAUGUAGAGCCAUCCGAUAUUGCUUUCAUUGAUGAUAAACAAGCAAAUGUCGAUGCCGCCAUUCAAUAUGGAAUGAAAGGCAUUUGUUGGCAUGGAAAGAAACAACAUUUGAAUGAAUUGAUUCAGGAAUUACAAAAGCUUGGUUUCCUAUAG